AUGACAGCCUUUUUGCGACCUUCAGACCUCCAUAGUAUCGAUUUACAGUCGGCAGAUAUCAACAGUGGUUUUCAACUGACAUUUCAAGUGGUCUCUCCAAAAGAAAUUCGUGACCAUCGUCAUAUCAUCAAACCAUUUACAAUCUUUCCGAACCAAGACUACUCUCGUUGUCCUGUUAGAGCAUUCAUAGCUCUUAGAGAUCACCCCUCAUUAUCACACCUUUCCACUCGUUCUUCGCUUUUCGUGAAUUCAAGGUGUCCACAAGAACCUUUAGCCACGUCAACAAUCUCUACAUGGCUUCGCAACAUGAUUAGAAUUUCCACGGAAGAGCGAAAUGUAAGCGUCAGAUCUAUUGCAUCCUCGUUAGCCCUACCCCGUGGUAUCUCAAAAGAAGACAUUGUUGCUCUUGGAAAUUGGACAAACUCUUCGACUUUUGAAAACCAUUAUCGACGAGAACAUAUGUCAUGCUUCAAUUUCACGCAGAUAUUAUUAUCAACAGAUUCAUCAGCAUCAACAGAAGAAAAACGAGUAGAUUUCGAUAUGGAUGACCAAGAAGAAGACGCGUUCUUUGACACGAUACAAGAAUGA